UGCGUACCUCCCUCCCAGCAACUGGCCUGGCGGCAACGCGGCCUUAAACCAAGGAGGCGGAGCUGAGAUUGGGUCGGGACUGCUUGCUAGCUCCAGGACCAGGUUUAAAUUUUUGAAAUUGAAGUAGGUCUACACGUUAGGAACUCAUGUCUUUCCUUGUAAGUAAACCAGAGCGAAUUAGGACCAAUGAGGCGAGCGCAGAGUCGAUAGCAUCCUUCUCGAAACAGGAGAUCAUGAGUAGCUUUCUGCCGGAGGGAGGGUGUUAUGAGCUACUCACCGUCAUAGGCAAAGGAUUUGAGGACCUGAUGACAGUGAACCUAGCAAGGUACAAACCUGCGGGAGAGUAUGUGACAGUACGAAGGAUUAACCUAGAGGCUUGUUCCAAUGAGAUGGUGACGUUCUUGCAGGGGGAGCUCCAUGUCUCUAAGCUCUUCAGCCAUCCCAAUAUCCUGCCAUAUCGAGCCACCUUUAUUGCAGACAAUGAGCUGUGGGUUGUCACAUCAUUCAUGGCAUACGGCUCUGCAAAGGACCUCAUCUGCACACACUUCAUGGACGGCAUGAAUGAGCUGGCGAUUGCUUACAUACUGCAGGGGGUGCUCAAGGCCCUGGACUACAUCCACCACAUGGGAUACGUGCACAGGAGUGUCAAAGCCAGCCAUGUUCUGAUCUCAGCGGAUGGGAAGGUCUACCUGUCUGGCUUACGCAGCAACCUCAGCAUGAUCAGCCAUGGGCAGCGGCAGCGUGUGGUCCACGACUUUCCCAAGUACAGUAUCAAGGUUCUGCCGUGGCUCAGCCCAGAGGUCCUCCAGCAGAAUCUUCAGGGUUACAAUGCCAAGUCUGACAUCUACAGUGUGGGAAUCACGGCCUGUGAACUAGCCAAUGGCCACGUCCCCUUUAAGGAUAUGCCUGCCACCCAGAUGCUGCUGGAGAAGCUGAACGGCACGGUACCCUGCCUGCUGGACACCAGCACCAUCCCUGCCGAGGAGCUGACCAUGAGCACCUCGCGCUCAGCGGCCAACUCUGGCCUGAGUGAAAGCCUGGCCCCCAGCCCCCCCAGGACCUCCAAUGGCGACACGCCGUCCCACCCCUAUCACCGCACCUUCUCACCCCACUUCCACCACUUUGUGGAGCAGUGCCUUCAGCGCAACCCGGAUGUAAGACCAAGUGCCAGCACCCUCCUGAACCAUUCUUUCUUCAAGCAGAUCAAGCGACGUGCCUCAGAGGCUCUGCCUGAGUUACUUCGUCCUGUCACCCCCAUCAACAAUUUUGAAGGCAGCCAGUCUCAGGAUCACAGUGGAAUCUUUGGCCUGGUAACAAACCUGGAAGAGCUGGAGGUGGACGACUGGGAGUUCUGAGCCUCUGAAGAAGGUGCACAUUCUCCAUCCCGGGCUGCGUGAGCCUCUGGGACCCUUCCUGAGGGCUGGCUGCAUUCCUACCCUUCUGGGGCAGACUGAGCAGAAAGGACAUUUCUGCCAGGAGUUGGCUGCUUACUGACUGGGAAAGAAACUUUUUUUUUUUUUUUUUUUACUGCUCCAAAGGCUUUUGAGACACGAGGGAAUCCCAACAACCAGGGAUUGGUAGGGGCCGGAAAGCUGACAUUCCCAGUCCUGUGAGCUCAGGUGACCUGACCUCUUCAGAAGGAAGAGACACUGUUCUGGCUGUGGCGGCUGAAGUCCAAGGCCAGGGUGUGACUCACCCACCCAGGAAACUGUGCAACUUCUUCCCACUCUGGCUCUCCUACCAGCCUAGUUGCGUCCUUUUCCCCUGCUCUCAGAUCCUAUAGGUCCAGAGGGGCAAGCAAUAAGACUCCCCUCCCCUCAGACCUCUCCCUAAUAACUGAAGGCAAGGGUAUUGUUUCUUUAUAAGCACUAGCUUAAGGCUAGGGCAAUCCAGCCUCCUCCCCCUUUUUGCUUGGGCCCUGACACCUGAAAUCUUACCUUGGUUCCUCUUUGUAGCUCAUUCCUUUCCCACGAAGAGUCCAUCUUACCGACUCCUGCUGGCCGCCUUGGUGCUUCCUCCAAGGGCCAUAAUGUUUUGCCUAACCUGAGGGCCUGAGUCCUUAUGCCGUGUUAGUUUCAUUGCCAGAACAAAUUAAAAGUUCCAGAGAAUCCA